AUGUCUUCCCUCGGGCCUGGCUCUGGCUCUGCUGCAGCUACCUCCACCCCUGCUACCGCGCCGACGUCCAUGCCUACCGCGUCGCUCACGUCCACUCCCGCAGCAGCGCCGCCGACCUCAGACAUGCCCGCCUCCUCCGCCUUCCUGUCCUUGACAUCCGCUCCGGCCUUCGUUAACUUCCCCGAGCCCUUACCCUCAGUGGCGCCGUCGUCCUCACCGAUCGCUCGACCUGCGGCCGUCCUCCAGUCUAGCUCUGCACCUGCACCCGUGGAAGCACAAUUUUCAAGUUCAACCUGCACACGGACAAGUGGACCAUCACCGCGCAGCUCUGCAUCGUGUGUCUGA